UAAAUCUUUUCUUUAAGCCAAAAUGUAAAAUGUCAAAGAAAAAAAGUUCCUGUGAAGUCUCUCCUCCUUUCAAAGUCUCCCGUUUGACCACCAUUUCCCAAUCAGCAGCAACACCACCUCCCCCCACCACCCUCCUCAACCCCCUCUUUCUUCCUUUCUUCCUCCCUCUUUCCUUCCCUUUUUCUCUCUCCUCCCCCUUUUUAAUAUAAAUUCAUCCAUUAUUCCCCAAUUUUAAUUUUGUGGCUCUUUUUUGCCCAAAUUAAUUCAGCAAAUCUAAUUGAGAAGAAACUUAAAUAAGAUGGGUUCUUGUUUCUCAUCAUCCAAAGUGAAUGGAUCAAACAGCAACACUACCUCGAACACCACCGCAACCACCACCACCGCUGGAACCGCCACAUUAACGUCCAAGAAUCAUAAGAAAGAACCCGCAAAAUCCGUCGCGAAAACGGCGAAAAGCGACGGUUCUCACCAGAAACAGAACAAAACAGAGGGCCCCCCAAAACAGAGGAGUACUGUACCCAUGGUUAAACUUAGAGAGAGAACAGGUUCACGGCGUCAAAGCUCCGUUCCUUGUGGUAAACGCACAGAUUUUGGGUAUGAAAAAGAUUUUGAUCAGAAAUACACAAUUGGGAAAUUAUUAGGGCAUGGCCAAUUUGGGUAUACUUAUGUUGCCACUGAUAAAUCUAAUUCCGAUCGUGUUGCUGUCAAGAAGAUUGAUAAGAGUAAGAUGGUUCUUCCUAUAGCCGUGGAGGAUGUUAAGCGAGAAGUCAGGAUAUUGAAAGCCCUCACUGGUCAUGAGAAUGUAGUUCAGUUCUAUAAUGCAUUUGAGGAUGAAAAUUAUGUGUACAUAGUGAUGGAGUUGUGUGAAGGUGGGGAGUUGCUAGAUCGAAUAUUAUCUAAAAAGGAUAGCCGGUAUUCAGAGAAAGACGCAGCAGUGGUGGUGCGUCAGAUGUUGAAAGUCGCUGCUCAGUGUCACUUACAUGGUUUGGUUCACCGUGAUAUGAAACCCGAGAAUUUUCUUUUCAAGUCGCCUAAAGAGGAUUCAUCUUUAAAGGCCACAGAUUUUGGACUAUCAGAUUUCAUAAAACCUGGGAGAAAAUUCACAGAUAUUGUUGGUAGUGCCUACUAUGUGGCUCCAGAAGUACUAAAACGAAAAUCAGGUCCAGAGUCUGAUGUUUGGAGUAUUGGUGUCAUCACCUAUAUAUUGCUUUGUGGGAGACGCCCAUUUUGGGAUAAAACUGAAGGUGGUGUAUUUAAGGAGGUUUUACGGAACAAGCCUGAUUUUAGGCGUAAACCAUGGCCUACUAUAAGUCAUGGUGCCAAGGACUUUGUGAAGAAACUACUAGUGAAGGAUCCCCGUACUCGACUUACUGCUUCCCAGGCACUCUCACACCCCUGGGUCAGAGAAGGUGGAAAUGCAUCGGAUAUUCCCAUAGACAUAUCAGUCCUACGCAACAUGCGGCAAUUUGUCAAGUACAGCCGAAUGAAGCAGUUUGCCUUGAGGGCAUUGGCAAGUACACUUGAUGAAGAAGAGCUGGCUGAUCUGCGAGAUCAGUUUGAUGCUAUUGACAUUGAUAAAAGUGGAACCAUCAGUCUUGAAGAGAUGAGACAGGCGCUUGCUAAGGACCUUCCUUGGAAGCUAAAAGAUUCCCGUGUUACAGAGAUUGUUGAAGCGAUUGACAGCAACACCGAUGGACUUGUGGAUUUUACUGAGUUUGUCGCAGCAACUUUACACAUACAUCAAUUGCACGAGCUUGACAAUGACAAGUGGCAACAACUUUCACAAGCAGCCUUCGAAAAGUUUGAUGUGGAUAAAGAUGGAUUUAUAACCCCUGAAGAACUCAGACUGCAUACUGGAUUGAAGGGGUCAGUGGAUCCGCUUUUAGAGGAGGCUGACAUUGAUAAAGACGGGAGAAUAAGCCUUGCAGAAUUCCGAAGGCUUCUGAGAUCAGCAAGCAUCAGUUCACGAAAAAUGGCUAGCCCAACCUGCAGAAAGAACUCUAGGAGACUUUGACAUAUUACAGCUCUGAAACAUGCAUAGUGCAUGCUUGUGGGUAUGAGCUUGGCAUCUCCUGUUCACAUCAUAAGGAGAGUAGAGGGCACUAGCAGGAAGAAGUCGUGGAACCUUCAAAUUACACUGAUCGUGUCAACUUGUUUGGGGGAGAGUGGGGAGAAGGAGGAAAAGGAAAGGCAAGUACAGAAAGGACUAUGCCGAUGUUUGUUGGUAGCUGAUAUUUGAUAUUGAUCAUGGUGAUCUACUCAACGGGUGGUUCCCCCAAAGGGAAGGGCUAAAUUUGGUGUGUAUCCUCUAUAUUUUUUUCUGGUGGAUAUCCAGGGUCUUUGUUUUUGAGUUUUAUCCUUGGAGGAUUGAACAAAAUCUGUUGGGAUAUGGUAAUUUAGGGAUGUAAAAACUUUACCUUGUCGUAUAUAUGUCAACAAUUACACAGAGAAAAAAAAUUAAGGCAUGAAAAUAUUUUUGGGUUCA